AUGAUUACAAAGUGGUUUGCAUUUGAAUCUGUUGAUUUCUAAGCAACUGGGUGUGUUGAACAUUAUUUAAGGCGAUUGCUAUUCCGCUGGUUCCCCACUUGAUAUUGAUAUCGAUUCAUCCUGAUAUAGCUCACCCGAAGGUCUCGAAGCAUCAAUACUAAAGAAGCGAAGAAGAACAAACAAUGUCUACAAAGAAAGCAAUUGCUGUCAUCGCCGGCGUCGGACCUGGAACUGGCUCCUCAAUAGCUCGCAAAUUCGCCCAACACUACCCCGUCAUUGUCCUCGCCCGCAACCCUUCCAACUACGCCGAAGUCGUCCAAACCAUAAACUCCUCCGGCGGACAAGCCAUAGGUCUAAGCACCGACCUCUCCGACUCCACCUCCGUUUCUAGUACUUUCAAAAAGAUCACCACGGAGCUAUUCCCCGACAGUCCCAUUGCAGCAGCAGUAUUCAACUCCGGGGGCGGAUUUGUGCGAAAACCAUUCCUAGAGUUGACCGAAUCCGAAUUUGCGGCUGGUUGGGAAGGGCAGGUUAAGGGGGCUUUUUUGUUUGCGCAGGCUACGUUACCAUUGUUGCUUAAGGGGGUGGAGGAGAAGGUUGAGUUUCCGCCUAGUUUGAUAUUUACUGGAGCAACGGCAAGUAUCCGCGGCUCAGCAAAUUUCAGCGUCUUCGCAAGCGCCAAAUUCGGUCUUAGGGCUCUCUCACAAUCUCUGGCCAGAGAAUUUGGGCCCAAGGGCGUGCAUGUGUCGCAUGUCAUUGUUGACGGUGUGAUUGAUAUCCCGCGUACAAAGGAAUGGAAGUUUGAGCAUGAAGAUGCGAAGAUUAGUCCUGAUGCUAUUGCCGAUUCGUAUUGGUUCUUGCAUACGCAGCCCAGGACUACGUUUGCAUAUGAGUUGGAUCUGAGACCGUAUGUUGAGAAGUGGUGAUUCUUAUAACGCAUGAAAUAUUUAGAUUAAGGUCCGAGUAAUUGAGAAUGACAACAAUA